GCGGGCCUCUCUCUUCGGGCCUCUGCAUCUUUUUUUCUUUUCCACAGCGAUAAUCAUGUCGUCAUCACAGCAGGUUCCUGCUAAGAAGCAGCAGGAUCUCCAAACAACUUACUCGAAUUUCAAGAAUACGUUACAGCAGAUCGCCUCAAAAAUCGGCGACAUUGAGCAGGAAGCUGAAGAGCACAAGCUGGUUCUUGAAACCUUGGAGCCGCUUGCGGAAGAUCGAAAGUGUUUCCGUUUGAUCAAUGGUGUGCUCGUAGAGAGAACGGUGAAGGAUGUGGUACCGGCACUGCAGACAAAUCAGGAGGGGCUGAAGAAGGUCCUCGAUGAUUUAGUAAAGCAGUACAAGAGCAAGCAGGAUGAGUUGGAUAAGUGGAAGAAAAAGAAUAACGUCCAAGUAGUGCAGCAGUGAGAGAAACACCCAACAGCUUAUCGCAUUUAAUAAAAAAACAAAGGAAAACAAGGCAAACCUCAGCCAUAUCA